AUGGAAACUGUCAAGCACGCCGCCAACUACGUCUCCGAGUCCAUCCAGGGCACCGGUGCUGAGGCUUCCAAGGAGACCAACAAGCAGAUCGCCAAGGAUGACGACGCCAAGCUGACCACCCGUGCCACCGCUGCCAAGGAUGCCGUCGUUGACAAGAAGGACGAGAAGACUCACGAUACCAAGGCCGAUCUCCACAAGGAGCAGGCUAAGCACUCGUAA